AUGGAACGAUUUGUGGUAACAGCACCACCUGCUAGAAACCGUUCUAAGACUGCAUUGUAUGUGACUCCCCUGGAUAGAGUCUCUGAGUUUGGAGGUGAGCUUCAUGAAGAUGGAGGAAAACUCUUCUGCACUUCUUGCAAUGUGGUUCUGAAUCAUGUUCGCAAGUCUGCCAUUAGUGACCAUCUCAAGUCAAAGACUCAUACCAAGAGGAAGGCAGAAUUUGAAGAGCAGAAUGUGAGAAAGAAACAGAGGCCCCUAACUGCCUCUCUUCAGUGCAACAGUACUGCACAAACAGAGAAAGUCAGUGUUAUCCAGGACUUUGUGAAAAUGUGUCUGGAAGCCAACAUCCCACUUGAGAAGGCUGAUCACCCAGCAGUCCGUGCUUUCCUGUCUCGCCAUGUGAAGAAUGGAGGCUCCAUACCUAAAUCAGACCAGCUGCGGAGAGCCUAUCUUCCUGAUGGAUAUGAGAAUGAAAAUCAGCUCCUCAACUCACAAGAUUGUUGACAAGGAGGUUACCACCAUUGUGAUCAAGAUAAAUAAUGUGGAGUAUUAAAGUUACGUGUUGAUUGUGUGGUUCAUUUUUAUAUUUAUUUCAUUUAAAAUCAUGUGAUGCAGAAUAGUUUUGCAAUGUGUAUAUAGUUGCAGGCAAAAAAAAAAAAUCUUCACUGCAAAACUUAUUGUUAAUUUUAGUCACCAAUGGUAUAAAGCAAAAGUUAGGUUUAGAUUGUGCUAGGAUGCUUGAAACCUGAUGGUUAUCUUUAAAAUUGAUGGUUUUUCUCCUGAAAUGUUUGUGCAUGGAAGAACUGCCCUGCUUUUUUACCCUGUUGCCAUGUAUGAUUAUUCCUUGUGAGAUUGCUUAAUUUCUCGAAGACUAGCCUAGGAAAUUGAAGCUGCUGCCAGGCAACACCACUCACAGUAACUUAGAGAAAUUAUUCCUGAUCAGAAGAUUCUCUUCAAAAAGGAAGGGGCAGUGGGAAACUGUUCUUAUAUCUUCAAAUUCAGAUUCCUAGCAGAAAUGACUUUAUUUCAAACUAUGUUUUACUUGUAUAUUAUGCAGUUAACCUUAACUAUACUUCAGGUUUUCACUUUGUCCCCCUUUUUAAAGGCUUAUUGUAUUUAUAGCAGUUUCAAGUGACCAAAAGACUAAAAUCUUUCAUUUAAUGUCAGUGCCAAGAGCCAUAGAGAAUUUUGCAGUGACAAGAUUUUAGUCUCUUACUAGGAACUCAGAUUUUUGAACCAUAGUGUUGAAUUUAAAUAUCAUCUUGAGUUUGCAAACUUUUUUUAUGUGUUACUGUUAAAAGACUUGAAAAUUGGCAUUUCUUUUUAAACAAGUAGAAAAUUUAUGGUUGAGUUUUCUCUUUUCAUAGAGAAUUAGUAAUGACUUUUGGCAAAUUACUUUCUAUACAUUAAUUUUUCCUUAUGAUUUUAUAAGAGUUUAUUUAGGUAAAUAGAGUAGACUAGAAACCAGUUUACUUUCACUUUUAUCUGCUUUGCCUCUGGUAGUACAAAGUUUUUAAACAUAGAUGAUAAACAAUUGUCUAGAAAUUCUGACAGAAUUUUUGUAGUGAAUAUCUGGCAGUAUCCUGCAUAACUGGGUGAGGAAAUAAUUUUGUUAAAGGUCAGCGGAGUUCAGGAAAUGAUUUCUUACCUGAACCUUGCUGUCCUUUACGGGGAUCAAAGUAGUUUAACUCAGCUAAGUCCUCUCUAUUAGAGCCCCAAAUUAUAUUUUUUAAAAAACAUAACAGCUGAAAACUUGGACUAGAGCUUUAAUUUAAAAAAAUUUUAAAUUGUUUGAAAUUCAAGUUAAAAAUAUUUAUAAGAGAUAUUUCUAUUAUAGAGCACUGACACGUGAUGCCAUAUGUGACUUAGACAGAGUUAUCUUUGAAUUUUACUACAAAUUUUCAUUUAAAAGAAAAAGCCAAAGUGAAUGAGAAAAAGUUAGAUUUUGUAUUUUUCAGAAACAACUUUACGUGUCUUAACUUUGUUUAGACUUAAGUUCCUAAUUCAUGUUGUCAAACUGACCCUUUGAUUUUUUUAUUUUGAUUGAAAAAUAAGCCUGCCACCAAAAAAAAAAAUCACUUGUUAAAAUUUGAACCGUCAAUUUUUCUCAUGUUCAGUUAUAUUAAAGUAGAACAAUAAAUGCCUAGAGCAGUGCUCUUGUUGAUGACAUACACAUAUGAGGAGACCAGCAGCAAAACAUAACCAAAAUGUUUUGCUUUUACUUCCUCUACAAAAGUAUUUGCAGGCAACCAUGUUGAAUUUGAAUUAUCUAGGAUGGUAGAAAGUCUAAGAAGAUAAUUGAGUUUUACAGCCCUAUUUUCAGAAUACAGUAAUUUAAAUAUACAAUCAUUCUGUUUUUGAAAUUCCAUGUGAUUCAGAUUGAUCCCUAUUUGGAUAUUAAUUUGCACUGGUAGCAAAAUAUAGUGGCAGAACAGCUUUGAAUAGUCCUAAGCAGUAAACUGGAUGAUGUUGCAUUAAAAAAACAUCAGUAAUUCAUAUUUAAUUUUCUAGUAGUUAUUACUGAUUUGGUAAUCAUUUAGGUCACAUGUAUCUUGAUGUAUUUUUUUCAGGCUCCCAAUUAUCCCCACAUUCACUGUAUCUAGGGGCAUAGUCCAUUCUGUUAGAAUUAUAUCAUGUCCUUAGAAGCAUUUUCCAUUCUGUUGUGGGUAUUUGAUAUUAAUGUUUCUUUACUGAUUAUGAAACUUUAGUUCCCUUAAACUGGUUAACUUUGUCUCAUAGUUAAAUAAGGCAGAAUGAUUGUUUUAGUUUGCUCAAACUGGUUGGUACAAAUCCCUGAAACCAUGAUUGGCAUAUGUUAGAUAGCAAAUGAGAAUGUCUAAGAGGCAUAUGCUGCUUUGGAGGUGUAUUGAACAUGUGUACAGAAGCUUUCAAUUUUAACUAUAUAGUGUUAGUGUGAUGCUAUAUUAUUGGAAAAAUAGCAACUUCUUUCUGUUUUAUAAGUUGUAUCAUAAUCAUAAGGUUUGUAAUGUUUCAUUUAUAAACUGCCUUCUUCAACACAUACUUACCUGUUUAUAGUAUUUUCUCAGUAUGGUAGUAAGUCUUCCAGAAUUUCACAAUAUGCUUUCAGUAAAUAGUCCGUAGCUUGUUGAGAUGUU